AUGCUGGGUUUUACCGGCUUCCGUUUACUCGGAAUUCGCUUGUUUAUCUUCCGUUUUGAGAUAUUUGGCGGGAGAAACUCUUCAAGCGAAAUACUCUCGUCUCAAACAAACUCAACGUUGCGCCCGACUUUUUCGAAAACGGUGAAACUUGGUAUCAUGCAACGCACAUUUCGUAAAGAAAUCGUCGAUCCUUUUAUUUCGAUCAGGGCUGCACGAGAUGUCUGCAAGGAAGCAUUAGAUGUGCCAUGUUGA